AUGUGUCCCGGCGCAGACAACUCUGCCAAUGGCGCUGCUAAUGGCAAUGGAAAGGAUUUCAAUUCCCAUGAAGGCUUCACCGCUAUUCAGACUCGCCAAAACCCUCAUCCGUCCAGGAAUCCCUACGGCCAUAACGUUGGAGUCACUGAUUUCCUGAGUAACGUCUCGCGAUUCAAGAUUAUUGAGAGUACUUUGCGAGAGGGUGAACAAUUCGCCAACGCCUUCUUCGACACCGAAAAGAAAAUUGAAAUUGCCAAGGCUCUUGAUGAGUUUGGCGUCGACUAUAUUGAGUUAACUAGCCCUUGUGCCUCGGAGCAGUCGAGGCUGGACUGCGAGGCUAUUUGCAAAUUAGGACUCAAGGCCAAGAUUUUGACACACAUUCGAUGCCACAUGGACGAUGCUCGUGUAGCAGUCGAGACGGGUGUUGACGGUGUGGACGUCGUCAUUGGCACGAGCUCUUAUCUCCGCGAACACUCCCACGGCAAGGACAUGACAUACAUUACCAACAGCGCCAUUGAAGUCAUCAACUUCGUUAAAUCCAAGGGCAUUGAGAUUCGGUUCUCGAGCGAGGACUCUUUCCGUUCAGAUCUUGUUGACCUUCUGUCAAUCUAUUCUGCGGUAGACCAAGUUGGUGUUAACCGAGUUGGUAUCGCCGAUACCGUUGGUUGUGCUUCCCCACGUCAAGUAUAUGAGCUCAUUCGUGUGCUCCGAGGUGUCGUCCAUUGUGACAUCGAAACCCAUUUCCAUAAUGAUACUGGCUGCGCUAUUGCCAAUGCUUUCUGCGCCUUGGAAGCCGGUGCCACUCAUAUUGAUACUUCCGUUCUUGGUAUCGGUGAACGCAAUGGUAUUACCCCUCUUGGUGGCUUGAUGGCCAGAAUGAUGGUCCAAGCCCCUGAUUAUGUCAAAUCCAAAUAUCGCUUGGAGAAGUUGAAGGAUAUCGAGGACUUGGUAGCCGAAGCUGUCCAGGUUAACAUUCCCUUCAACAACUAUAUCACUGGGUUCUGUGCAUUCACACACAAGGCUGGUAUCCAUGCCAAGGCCAUUCUCAACAACCCCAGCACCUACGAGAUCAUCAACCCAGCUGAUUUCGGCAUGACUCGUUACGUGCAUUUCGCGUCUCGCUUGACCGGAUGGAAUGCCAUUAAGUCUCGUGCUCAGCAACUCAACAUCCAAAUGACCGACGCCCAAUACAAGGAAUGUACUGCCAAGAUCAAAGCCCUUGCCGACAUUCGUCCUAUUGCGGUUGAUGAUGCCGACAGCAUUAUUCGUGCUUUCCACCACAACAUCAAACUCGGUACUGAUAAGCCACUGCUCGACCUGAACGAAGAGGAGAAGGCUCAAUUCGCACAGAAGGAAAAGGAACUCGCACAAGCUCAAGCUCAAGCCAAUGGCGAGGCUGUUUCCGCUUGA